AUGGAGUCCCAAUGGCCGGAGCCCUCAUUUGUGAGUGGCGAGUUUAAAGAUGUCUUCCAAUUUGCACAGACCUUUGAAUUGCAUUGCGCGAAAGUAUACGACCACGCCGCGAAGUAUCCUGAUGGAGCCGCCUCGGCGACGUACGUGAUGGACCUUGUCUCACAGGCCUACCGGGCAGUUCACAGCUUGCAUAUGCAGAAAAUGGCAACGUCUUAUCUGGAUCAAGACACAGCAACUGCGUCGCUUCGGAGCAAGGCUAUGGAGUACCGUGAGACGCAGGAAUUACCACCCUCCGGUCAUACCGAGGUCGUUGCAUCUGCCAAGGACGCCGAUGAGGACCAAAGUGAAGAAAAUGUCAGAAGAGAUAUUGAAAACUUUUUCAGUCGUGACCUUGAAGAGGACUCGGACGACUCGGACUGGGAUGAAUCGUCCGAAGAGGAUUCAGAUGAUGAAUACUACGAAUACAACGAGGAGUCUGAAGAAGAAGACGAAGACAUCCGAGGCAUACGGCGGACGCAGCGAGUGAGGACUAUUCAUGAAGUCCCAGAAGACGACCUGCCAGAAAUGAAUCAAUCACCGCCGAUCAAUCUCACUGCACCAAAGAAUGCGGAUACCACAGACGACGCCGCUUUCACACCCCCAAUCAUGUCACCAGAGAAACAAGCCGCUCACGAUCGCAUUACAGCUGCACUCCAGCGAAUCUCCGCGAAAUUCGAGGAUGCAGAUCCUGUGCCGCUGGCGCGCCGUACAAAAAUCCCUCUGCAACAGACUCCACCUCAAACGGACGACUCGCAAAGUGAAGCAACCACGAUACGAGCAGAGUCAACCUGUGAUCCCUUGUCACCUCCGCAGACGGCAACUGAAAGGGGGUCAUCAGCGCCCGGGACGGCAAGUGCCGCACCAGUGGCCCCAACGCUAGAGCGAAAGGCCAGCUAUGAUGGAACCGGUGUGACAGCCGCGCAGGGUAGUCUCAGUUGGCGACCGUCGGUUGCUGUACUUCCUCGGCGGAUCAAAACCGUUUGCCAUAGAUAUGUCCGCAGAGCCAUGUUACCUAUCCGUGGAAAGGCUCAUUGA